AUGCUGAAGGCGGGCGGGCGCGGCAAGCGCGGCCUGUCGCAGCGGUCCCGCGUGCUGCGCGAGCGCGCCGGCCUCAGCUUCUUCCUGGUCGUCAUGUUCUUCGCCGUCUUCGGCGUCAUCGUGCUCACCGAGGUGCUGCUGAUCGACGAGCGCGGCCGCGGCGGCGGCGUCGGCCAGGCUGAGGACUACAGCUUCCUGGACAACGGGCAGGUAGCGCACAUCCUCGCCGGUCCGGGCGGUGUACCGCCGCCGGCGGAGGCGCUUCCCGCUGGACUAGGAGCGGGGGCGGCAGCAGGCCGCGGGGGCGUGCCCGCCGGCUUCGAGGCCCGCCUGCCGCCGCCCGCGGCCAACCUCAGCGCCAGGGACGGCACGUGGCAGAUCGUCUCCGGUACCAGGUACAAGUUCUUCGUGUUCUCGGCGUUCUACGACGCGCGGGACGAGCGAGUGGUGCGCGUCAUCGGCGCCACCAAGACGCGCGGCCCGGAGCGCGUGUGGUGCCGCCUGUGGUACCCGCCCGCCAACUCCACCACCACCAACGCCACCAGCCUGCCCUCCGUCUCCGUGCCCGCCAAGGUCAAGGUGAUCCGCGAGAACUGGAACCUGAAGUACAGCGCGUGCUUCGUGCUGUGCCCGCUGGGCCGCAACCUGAGCGCGCCCUCCUCGGUGUCGGUGGUGAGCCGCCUGCGGCUGCCGCCCGCUAACCGCCUGCUGGUGCGCAACACGCCGACCGACCCCGAGCUGCGCAACGGCUCCGCUCAGGGGCAGUCGCAGCAGCAGCCGCCUACGCCGCCGGAGGGACUCGCCGUCUGCGUCAAGCCUCUGCACUUCUCCUACAACCAGGCGCUGCAGCUGGUGGAGUUCCUGGAGCUGAACUCUGUGCUGGGCGCGCGCCACUUCACGCUGUACAACCACACGCUGGGCCCGGCCGUCGACUGCGUGCUGCGCGACUACGUGGCUCGCGGCACCGUCACACUGCUGCCCUGGCAGCUCAACAUGGCCUCGCAGAAGGAGAUCCGCACCGAGGGCCUGUUCGCCGCGCUCAACGACUGCCUGUACCGCAGCAUGUACCGCUACUCGCACGCCGCCCUCAUAGACCUCGACGAGUUCAUCAUCCCGCGCCACAACGACACCAUCCCCCAGCUGCUGAGGUGGCUGGGCACGCGCCUCAACACGCGCGCCACCGGCUCCUACUCGUUCCAGAACGCCUUCUUCUACCUGCAGUGGCCGGACGACGCGGAGGCGGCCGCCGGCUCGUCGCUGCUGACGUUGCGCAAGACGCGCCGGCGCGCCAAGCUGCACCCGCACAAGCAGCGCUCCAAGUACGUGUGCCGGCCCGAGCUGGUGGUCGAGGCGGGCAACCACUUCGUGUGGGAGCUGGCGCCCGGCCACGGCACGCUCAACGUGCCCGCCGACGCCGCCAUCCUGCACCACUACCGCGUCUGCGAGUUCGGCGGCGAUGACUGCGUCAAGACGCCGUCGGUGGUGGACCGCAUGGUGCACCGUUACCGCGAGAGACUGGAGGCGCGAGUGCUGGCCCGCUGGCGGGAGCUGAGGGACCGCUGCCACCUGCCGCAGUUCCAGGUCUCCUCGGCGGCCUCGGUCACCAGCUAGCGGCCCGCCGCUACGGCUGAAGCGACUCUCCACGGCCUCACAGCUCUCCCGUCUCGCUGACAGCUGCGGGUUGGGCGUAUCGAUAGGCAUUUCGCCAAAUGCAGGUCGGGCGGACUGGAACCAACUCAGGUAGUAACAAUGCGAAGUACUGGACUACGGGAAGGUGGCCUAUAUACUCCGAGGGAAGACAGACUCUACCUCUACGGUUUCAUCAGGAAAGCACGGAAUGCACUGAAAACGGAAUCCGAUUAUUCUAAAACAAAUUACCUGGAGCGACCUGCCGACCGAUUUAUUGGUCUCACAAGCAUGCUGUCCCAGAGUCUCCUGUUGUACGAAAGAUGUACAAUUGAUAUAUGAGGCUUUAAAUAUCUUCUUCCCUAUAUAACUCGUACAUUAAGUGUUGUCCGGAGCAGACCUAAUAUUCAUGAACUGCUUCUGCUUCAUAUUACAAAAUGUGUGUUGGCCUAUUAACGACUAAAGUGACCUACAAAUUUUCAAUCUACACAUAUUAUUUUCCAGUACACACUGACACUAUACAAGGUCGUAAAUAAUGCUAGUUUCCGCGCAGAUACCUAGAUCCUUUGCUGAUACGUUUAAUACUUUUUUCUUCUUAAAACAACAAUGUUUGUUGUUGUUGUUGUUGUCUUCAGUCCUGAGACUGGUUUGAUGCAGUUCUCGAUGCUACUCUAUCCUGUGCAAGCUGCUUCAUCUCCCAGUACUUACU